AUCAAGAAGGAUUGGUGGAUGUGGACCGGGGAUCGGAAUGGGUGUUACACGGUGAAGCAAGGAUACCGGGUAUCUCAUAAGGACUAAGCGGUGGGAGGGAACAUCGACAAAGCAGUGUGGCAGGGCCUCUGGAGACUAAAUGUUCCACCAAAAGUUAGGAAUUUUAUAUGGAGAGGUAUGCAUGAGGUACUUCCAGUUCGGGCAAAUCUGGUGCGUAAAGGGGUUUCUAUUACAGCAGAAUAUCCGAGGUGUUUGAGCAUCGAGGAAACGACGCUGCAUGGGCUGGUGUUAUGUCCAUUUGUAGUUCAAUGCUUAAGGGAAGUGGGCGGCGAGCGUGGCAAUGUGGAACCAUCAUUUGCACAGUGGUUCGCAGCUUUAUGGAAGGAAAGCUCACGAGAGUUUGUUGCAUGUGUGGCAAUCAUCCUUUGGGAGAUUUGGAAUCAACGCAACCAAUUGGUGUGGAAUAACAAAUAUAUGCAACCGAAGACCCUGGUCGCUCGGGCACUACAGUGGUACCAGUUAUGGCAGCAAGCGAAGCAAGAAGAUCCCGAGGUGGCAAGGACGCGAAACACUUUCCACAACCAAUGGGAGCCGCCAGUUCUUGGGGCUCUAAAGUGCAACGUCGAUGCGAGUUUUAACCCCAACACACAUCUGGCGAGAGUGGGCAUGGUGGUGCGAGAUAGCAAUGGAUAUUUUGUGAAGGGAGCCUCUCGAGGUCUAGGGCAGGUGGAGGAUGCGUGCAUGGCAGAGGCGAUCGGGGAAAAGCUACGGGAGAAGAAAUCUAAUUCGGAUGUUAGGGUUUUGGGAGAGCUAAGCAAAACGAUGAAGAUUUGUGCGUGUGUUUCUGGGCACAUCUUCAAUCGGGCAUCUGGAGGACUAUCCCCUGCUAAAACCCUUUCCUUCUUCCUCCCCAAUUUCCCCUCCCAUUUCUCUGCUUUUCAUAAUGGUGUUGCUGUUAGGCCCAGUAUUCAUGAAUCAUACUUGCAUCAUAGUAAAUCAAAGUUUAAGAGUAUCAAGAAGCUUGAUGAUGCAAUUUUAGUAUACCGUCACAUGGUCCAAACUCAUCCCCAUCCUCCAAUUUACCAAUUCAACCUUCUCUUGGAUGCCAUUGGGAAGAUGGGCCGCUACAGUGAUGCCGUCUCUCUGUUUAGGGAUAUCUUUGCAUCUGGAGUUGUUAUAGAUAAUUACACCCUGAGCAUUGCUGCCAAUUCUCUGGCCCGUCUGCAUAGAGUGGACUUGGGUUUUGCUAUCUUAGGGAGCCACUUGAAGCUGGGUUUAGUACCCAAUGUGGUGUUCUUCAGCACCUUACUUAAAGGGUUGUUCCUCCAAGGUAGGGUUCACAAUGCUAGUUGGUUGUUUCAGAAGUUACUGAAUGAGAAACUCUGCAAGAUAGAUGAAGUCACAUUACUAAUACUAAUUGAUGGCCUUUGCAAGGCAGGACACACUGGCAAGGCUAUUAAGUUGCUUCAUUUCUUUGACGAGAAAGGAAAUUGCAAGCCAGAUGUACAUGCAUAUAACGCCAUUAUUGAUUCUUUGUGCAAGGAUAAAAUGAUGGACGAUGCCCUUGCCUUAAUUACCAAGAUGAGGGAAAAGGGCAUUCCUCCUGAUGUUGUCACCUACAAUUCCCUAAUUCAUGGACUAUGUACAUUGAGUCGUUGGGAAGAGGUCAAGGAGAUAUUGAAAACAAUGGCGGACUCUAGAAUUCCUCUUGAUGUCCUUACAUACAACAUAUUGGUUUGUGGGUUUUGCAAGGAAGGAUGGAUCAACUAUGCCGAAAAUAUCAUAGAGACAAUGAUUAAACAAGGUGUAGAUCCCGAUGUAGUUACGUACAAUGCUUUGAUGCAAGGAUACUGCUUACUAGGAAAGAUUGACAGUGCAUCAGAGCUCUUAAACACCAUGAUUCAAAGGGGAUGUCAGCCUGAUGUUCACACUUAUAGUAUUCUAAUAAAUGGGUAUUGUAAGAGUAAGUGUUUAGAUAAGGCCAUGAUAUUGUUAGAGAAAAUCCCUACUAUUGGCCUAAAGCCAACAGUUGUUGCCUACAACAGUAUGUUGGAUGGCUUAUUUCAAGAUGGGAGAUUUUCUGAUGCCGAGAAGCUUUUUAACAAGAUGGUAGAAAAUCAAGAAUAUCCAAAUCUUGUCACCUACACUAUUAUUUUGGAUGGCUUCUGCAAGAACGAUCGUGUUCCUCAAGCUCUUUCUUUACUGAGGAUGAUGGAAACUAAAAGUCCUAUCCCCGAUAUCAUUAGCUAUAGUACUGUCAUAAAUGGACUCUUCAGUGUUGGAAAAUCAAGUAGUGCAAUAGGACUGUUCAAUGCUCUUCCAUCUAAAGGUCUGCUGCCAGAUAUGAUAAUUUUCAGAAGUAUGAUCAGUGGGCUUUGCAAAGAAGGCUUGCUAGAAGAUGCAAAAGGGAUGCUCAAGAAAAUGGAGAAAAAUGGUGUGAUGCCAGAUAGCGUGGCAUACAAUGUACUGAUCCGUGGGUUACUGAAAAAGAAUGAGCAUUGUGAUGCUAUAUUACAUUUGGAUGAGAUGUUAAAACUUGGAUUCCUGCCUGAUGAUGCAACUUGCGAAAUUUUACUGAAGUCAAUCUUACGAGAAGGCCCAGAGUCCACUCUGCUGCAUAUGCUUCUGAAUAUCAAAGAUAAUGACCAAAAGUCCAGAUCUUGAGUGUUUUCUGGCAGUCCUGUGGUUAACUGUAGGUUUAACUGUGACUACUCAUAAAGUGUUUUUUAUCACCACCAUUCCUGAAUGGCUGUUUCAUUAUUACCUUUAGGUUGCUGAGAUUAAUUAUACAUGAAUCGAGUUUAAUUCGACUGUGAACUUGUAUUGG